GUCUGCGGGCGCGAGGGGAGAAACGGUUAUGGGGGUUUAGAGCCGCUCCCCCGGUCAGCAGAGUCCCCCUCUCAGCUUCGCCCCCGGGGCGCCAUCCUUUAGCGGGAGUGCCGGGCGGGGCCUCUGUCAGCGCUGCAGGAGCCCGGGGGACGGGGCACCGGGAGAGGCGAGGCCUUGCUGCACGGUGUGAGCUGUGUGGUCCCCUGGUCCCCUGGCUCCUGCCCUUCCUGCAGCCCGAGGGCUUGGGAGUUAAACAUCUGCCAGGCUUGCGCCCUCAUCACACAGCGCUUCAGGAGGUGCCAAGGCCUUGCAGGGGGCCUUGAGCUUGGGUGACGGAAAAGGUAACAUUUAUGAAGAUAACGAAUCAUACAAUCAUCCCUGCUUCAUCACAAAAGUAAGGCAAGAAGGUUCUACUUCCUUAAACCCUCCUUCAGAACAUCUAACUCAAUCCUAAAUCUAAAUAGCCCUGCUUUACAUCCUAUGACUGAGAUGCCAUCUGACUCACUGUGAUAUGUGUUCUCCAUUUCUCUGAUGAGUGAUAAUCUCAACCUGUCCAGCUUGAAGGAAUUCUUGGUAGUCUUUGGCUAAAGUACACUGGCAAUUCUUUGUGUUAUCUGUACCAACUAUUUCUAUGGAGUGGAAAACAUGCUGUGAGGUAAAAGAGUAGUGGAACUGGGAAGAGUGGUCCUAGAAGACAGCCCAAGCCCUCUUCCGUUUGUACAGCCUGAUCAGCUACUGAAAAUCCUAGCUUCAUAUCCACCACCCAGUGGACAGCCUACACAGCUGCAUGGGCAAGCAUCUCCAGGCGCGGCCCAUCCCGAACACUCCUGUUCUUGGCACAUCCAGUGUGAGGUCCCCCCAGCUAUAAGGCACCAUGUCUGAGAGGCUCAACUGCCACUACUGCCAGGAUUCCUUGCAGGGGAAGAAGUAUGUGCAGAAGGAUGGUAACAACUGCUGCCUGGAGUGCUUUGACAAGCACUGUGCUAAUACUUGUGAGCAAUGCCGCAAGCCCAUAAGUGCAGAUUCCAAAGAGGUGCAUUAUAAGAACCGCUACUGGCACAACACCUGCUUCAUUUGCAACAAGUGCCAUCAGCCCUUGGCCAAUGAGACCUUUGUGACCUGGAAUGACAAGAUCCUGUGCAACAAUUGUGCCACUCAUGUGGCCAUCCCCAAAUGCAAAGGGUGCCAAAAGGAUAUUGUGGCAGGAGAUGAGAAUGUGGAGUACAAGGGUACCAUCUGGCAUAAAAACUGCUUCACCUGCAGCAACUGCAAGCAAAUCAUUGGAACCCAAAGUUUCUUCCCUGUAGAGCAGGAGUUCUACUGUGUGGCUUGCCAUGAAGCUAAGUUUGCCAAGCAUUGUGUGAAAUGCAACAAGCCCAUUACAUCCGGAGGAAUCAGUUACCAGGAUCAGCCCUGGCAUGCUUCGUGCUUUGUAUGUGUUUCCUGCUCUAAGGAGCUGAGUGGGCAGCGUUUCACUGCUGUAGAUAACCAGUAUUAUUGUGUGGAUUGCUACAAGAACUUUGUGGCCAAGAAGUGUGCUGGAUGCAAGAACCCCAUCACUGGGUUUGGUAAAGGCUCCAAUGUGGUAACCCAUGAAGAACAUUCCUGGCAUGACUUCUGCUUCAACUGCAAAAGCUGCUCUGCAAAUCUGUCCAACAAGCGUUUUGUAUUUCAUGAGCAGCAGGUGUAUUGUCCUGAGUGUGCCAAAAAGCUAACGACCUGACAAGGGCUCCUAUCCUGUAACAUGGCAUUUGAACCAUGAUCUGUGUUCUUACUCUCUCUGCCCUGCACCAACAUAGGGGAACAGUGGGCUUUCACCUCUAUCAAGUUGCUCCUCUGUCUUUUCUUACAUUUCACAGUAUUAUUCAGCUAAGGGCACAAGUGAUCAUAUUAGGACUCAACAUAGAACAACCUUGCAGCAAAAGUAAUUUCUCUGUUGCUGCAAUGGAAAAACAAAAACUUACUCUUCUACAUGUUUCUUAUAGAUCAGAAAAGUAACCAUGUAGCCACAUGAUUUAAGCAAGAAGCAUCAGCAAUAAAGCCUCCCCUGAGACGUUUCCAGGCUCAGUUAGGAUCCACUGUGCAGUCACACAACAUGCAAGAGGUGUAGCAAUUGCUCCAACUCACUGCUUACCCUCUUCUGUGAACAGAAAAAGAACUUUCCAGAAUGCAUGGUUUAACUUCCUCAUCAAAACUUUUGUGUUUUCACAUUACAUGAAUUUCCAGAAAAUAAACAUUUUGAGCCAGGUG